UGUAUAAUAACAUUAUAUAUCUGCAUUUAUGACGAACCCAAUUACACACACAUUGUUAGUGGUAAUCGACUUUGAACUUUUCCCACUACGUUUUUUUCUUUUUUGUUGAUUACAAUGUCCGAGUACACUGCAUCUACUCCCAGACGUUCUUCAAGGUUGAAUUCUAAGGAUCCUUCUAAUGUUCAGGGAGUUGCCAAGCCUGAGAAAACAGAGACUUCUUCUGACACAACUGCUUCACCUGCAAACGAACUAGAACAAAGUAUUGAUGUGGGCGACUUGAUUCCUGAUCUUACUCUUCUAAAUCAAGAUGAAGUCCCAGUAAAACUUUCUGAACUAGUAAAAUCUCGCGGACUUGUCAUUUUUGCUUAUCCAAGAGCUAGUACGCCAGGUUGUACAAAGCAAGGUUGUGGUUUUCGCGAUAAUUAUCCCCAAAUCCAAGCCGCUGACUAUGAAGUCUUCGGUGUAUCUUUCGAUUCUUGCAAAUCCCAAAAGAGUUUCAAAACAAAGCAAGAGUUUCCUUAUGACCUGCUUUCUGACCCUGAAGGUCUUUUAAUCGAACGUUUAGGUGCGAGAAAACCAGAUGGAAAAUUAUUUCGUAGCCAUUGGAUUUUCGAAAAGGGGUCAGGAAAAUGUCUUGUCAAAGAAAUUGAUAUCUCACCUCUCGACAGUGUUGAUAAAGUCUUUCAAGUUGUUACUGGAUCUAAUGCUUAAAGCGGCGCAUUUUAGGAUUUAGGUCCUAGAAUUGUUUUCACUUAAAGGCCCGAUAUGUUGCUUGUCAGUGAUAUGAAUACAAUUCCCGUAUACAUUUUAUUUCUAGAUAUGAAAAAAGAAAUAAGAUUUCACUUAGCCGCAUUUUCCACAUGAUUAUACUAUUCACGUUUAUACUUAGAGACUUUAAAUUAUCAUUUCCGCUUUACAUGCGCACUCACUCGAUUGUACGUUUUCCAAGCAUUACAAAUAAUAAUCAAUUAUGCACUCAUGCAAUUGAAUAAAUUGGUCUUACUCAUUGUAUUGUGUGAAUAAAUUGAAGACAGUUACUAAUCAAGCUGUUUUCUGAUCGCUAACGAUACAUAAACUGCUCAAGCUAAUCGUAAGAACUGUCGAAUCAUCAAUUCUCUCCUUAUAGGAUUUAUAUCCCUCAAACCGCACAUGAACUCACUGGUGCCUUUGUUUUUCACACUCUGCUGGCAUCUACCUGGAGUGUUUAAGGGAUACAACAAAACACUAGUCUCCAGUAACCGGUUUCUGGUACUUCUUUUGUUACUGAGAAAUGGAAGAUGCAAUGUUUUGGCUCAAUAAUUGCUUACUCUUAUGCACAGGAACCAGGUAUAUAAUCUCAAUCUUUUCUGAGAACCCAAUCCGCUAUGGACCAUAGUAUAAUGAAUACCCAAUAUGUGUGGAAGUUAUACGCAAAAGCGACAAUGACAAUUGUACUAUUCGUACUUGUCUAUAUUUAUUUUUAGCUGCUAUUUUAGAAGGAACAAAACAGGCACGAUUUCUUACAUUACCGAAUAUAUUAAUGCUCUUUGCAAUUGUAUGUUCAAUCAUUUUAAUGAUAAUUUGAUCGUUUUAGUUACUUUCUUGUCCAAUUUUUGAGUCGCUUUAACAAUGAACCACUUUGAAGCUACCUUUUUUACUUGACAACAACAGCAUCAUAAUGGUUCGAUUACACUAUUUAAAUUAUUUAUUUAAUGAAUUCAUUAAUAUCUCGUUUUUACUAUCGAGUUGGGGAUAUUCUCAGCGCCCGUUUCAUAUAGUUACC